AGAUCGUAUUUUGAAGUAUUUUUUUCAGCUGAAAAUCGCAUACAAUAUAGAUUUUUUUUCGAAGAUUUCCGGCAUUUUUAGAUUUUGCUUUGCAUCGAAAUGUCAAUAUUUACUCCGACGAAUCAGAUACGACUUACGAACAUUGCAGUUGUUCGUAUGAAGAAAGCAGGAAUACGAUUUGAAAUAGCGUGUUACAAGAACAAAGUCCAGGAAUGGCGGAGCAAAGUUGAGCAAGACAUCGAUAAUGUCCUGCAAACUCAUAACGUAUAUACCAACGUAUCCAAAGGACAGUUGGCGAAGAAAGAAGAUCUUGUGAAAGCAUUUGGAAUGGCCGAUUGCCCUAAGAUUCUUUCGCAAGGCGACGUUCAGAUUUCGGACAAGGAACGUGCUGCUGCUUUGGAAGCAUCUUACAAAGACAUAGCUAACACAGUUGCAGGUAGAUCCCUGGAGGUCGUGAAAAAGUUGAAGGAAAUUAUGCCGAUUGAGCGCGCCCAGAUGAGCAUCAAAAUCACUGUUCCAGUUAAAGACCUGAAGAAACUGAAAGACCACUUCUCGAAAAUCUGGUCGAGUCUCGAAUCUGAACAGCUUGAAAGUGACGUGAAUGUAUUCAUUUGUCUCGUGGAUCCGGGAAAUUUCAAAAAUCUCGAAGAGAGCGUACGAGAAGAAACUAAAGGAAGAGGUUCUAUCGAGGUUCUAAGUUUGAAAGAGGUUACUGAAGGAGAAGAGCAGCUUUCGUAUUACCGUGGCAUUAUACGAAUAUUUUCCCGCGUGAUGUCGAUAGUCGGGAACAGUGGUAGUUCGACUGAUGGUGUUGACGAUCCAAAGGGAAGUUUAUCCCGGAUGAAAAAGCGCCUUACGCUAGACCUUGAGGCCCCAAAAUCUGUUCGGAAGCAACGCGUGAACGAACUUCUUUCGACGCCGGAACUCGAUAAAUUAAAGUUGACCACUCCCGAACUCGAGCGCCUGAUUAUUCAGCAGUCUGGUUUGACAUCGCAGACUGUCGCGACUACCCCGUCGUCGUUUCUCAAUCCGAAAUUGGUAACUGAGGAAGAAGAGCAGUAUGUGAAGCCGUUCGAAGCCGCCUUGGCUCAGUUGCAUCACGACUCUGCUGUAUCGUCGUAUAGAUUCGCACAGACACCCUGCGAGCUUCCUCCGGAUCUGAAAGAUAUUCCAAUAUCACGAGCGAAAGACUUGCGGUCACCCAAGCGAGAUACGGAUCGUCCGAUUGUGUCAUCCGUCAUGAUGGACACCCGAUCAACAAUCCCUAUCGAAACAAGCUAUGGAUUCGGUGAAAUUGACGUAAAGCCAGAAAUCAAGGAAGAAGUACUAGAUUUGGAUUAUUCAUCAAUUGGCGAGGCUUCAUGCUCUGGGCAUGGAUCUUCCGACUCUAAUUCACCCGACCCUGGACGAGUAAGACGAGAAUCAGGAGUGUCCCCUAUUGAUAUGGAUGAUCAGGAAAUGAAGAAGUUGGAGAGGAAGAGAUUGCGAAAUAGAAUAGCGGCAUCAAAAUGUCGGCAAAGAAAGCUGGAAAGGAUUUCUCGUCUUGAGGAGCAAGUGAAAAAUUUGAAAGUGGAGAACGCCGAUUUAGCUGGAGUGGUUGCAAAGCUGAAGGAAGCUAUUUUUUCUCUGAAAGAAGAAAUCGUGGACCAUCUCCACGAAGGAUGCGACAUUAAGGAUUCUGCUCCGAACAUAUUGAACGCUGCAAUGUCUGGCUUGAAGCUGAUCAGCGAAUUGGAGGGGCACAAAGACCGCAUAUGGUGUCUUGCUUGGGAUCCUCUCGGCAAAUCCUUCGCCACAUGCUCGUCAGACAAAACCAUUCGUGUUUGGCACCAUCUUCAAGAUUGUGAACUUCGUCGAUGGGAAUGUUCAACUGUUAUUUCUGACGCUCAUCGGCGCACCGUUCGUUAUCUUUCAUGGUCCCCUUGCGGGCAUUAUCUAGCCAGUUCAUCCUUCGACGGUUCUGUCAACAUUUGGGAAGUCGAAGGCUCGGAGUUGAAGCCUUUUGCUACCCUCGAGGGCCAUGAAAAUGAAGUUAAAAGUGUGGCUUGGUCACACGAUGGAAAAUUCAUCGCUACAUGCAGUCGAGACAAGACUGUUUGGAUUUGGGAAAAUAUUGAGGAUGACGGGGUUCCGGAAUUUUCAUGCGCUGCUGUGAUUACUUCACACACGCAGGACGUGAAGCGAGUUUCGUGGCAUCCAAACCAGAAUAUUCUAGCUUCUGCGAGUUAUGACAACUCGGUCAAACUUUAUAAGGAAGAGCUCGAUGAUUGGAGUUGCGUCUCGACGUUGAAAGGGCAUGAGUCCACGGUUUGGGCUGUAGACUUCGACACAUCUGGUAAAUUUAUGGUUUCCUGCAGCGACGAUAAAACGUUGAAGAUUUGGAGCUCUUCAUCGGAAAAAAUUUCUGAAAAUUCGUUUGUCAAUACCGCCACGUUGUCGGGACUUCAUGACCGUCCAAUUUAUGAUGUGGCGUGGUCGAAAGUUUCGGGCUCAAUAGCGACGGCGUGUGGGGAUAACUGCAUCAGAAUUUUCCGAGUUGUCUGCGGCGAGACCGAUGACCAAGUGUUGAAUCUUGAGCUUCUUCGGAAACACACCGAAGCACACAACGGGGACGUGAAUUGUGUUGCUUGGAGUCCGACUGAUGCCGAUAUUUUGGCUUCGGUUGGCGACGAUGGAGUGAUCAAGAUUUGGCGAAUGGAAUGA